GAAGGAAGAAGCGGCUGCGGCGUUGUCCUGACGACUCCGGCGUGCGUUCGUCCAUUCCUCGUCCGGGGGCGAGAAAUUUCCGCGCUUCCGUCGGUCAACAUCCGCGUAGAGGGCAUCUUUUAGAUGGGGAUAGAUUUCCGGUAGCGGAGUUGUCCAUCAUCGGUCCCACAACCUGUGGCUUUCCUCGUGCGUGCCGUCUUCGCGGAGGGGGCAUCCGCCGCCUGGCCAAUCCAUUCCCGAGCCGUCGAUCGCGCCUUCGCCGCGUCAUGAUCACGCCCGCGUUCGAGUUGAGCCAGGACGCUGAGUCGCUGACAAUUGCCAUCCGCGUGCCCUACGCACGCGUCUCGGAGUUCGAGGUGUACUUCGAGGGCGUCGAUUUCAAGUUCUACGCCAAGCCGUACUUCCUCAGAUUAACUCUUCCUGGAAGGAUUGUGGAAAAUGGAGAAGAAGAUGGUUCAUAUGAUGUGGAUAAAGGAAUCUUUACUCUUCGAAUGUACAAAGAGACUCCUGGUGAACAUUUUGAGGGACUGAAUAUGCUGACAUCACUCCUGGCAUCAAAGAAAUCCAGAUCUGCAAAGCCACUUGUGGAAGUAACUGGUUCUUCUGAACUUCCUGGAGAGUCUAAGGAAGAUGAGGAAGAAGAUUUUGAUUGGGAAAUUGAACAGUCUCCUUAUGAAGAAUUAACAGAAAGUGAUUUGAAUGCACAGUGCCAUUAUGGGUUUGGAAACUUACGCACAGGAGUGUUUAAAAGAUUACAGGAUGAACUGAGUGAUGUCAUUGACCUUAAAGACCCAGACUCCACUUCCCUAGGUGAACGAAGGCAGAAGAGACUCGCUGCUGAAGAGUCAAAAUUUGAUCCUGACCAUUACCUAGCCGACUAUUUUGAAGAUGAAGCUAUUCGAAAAAUUUUGAAGUAUAAGCCCUGGUGGACGAUAGCAUUUGCAAAAAUGAUGGCCUCUCCAGAAAGGAAUCAGGAGCAGAAUAAUCAAGAAACAUUUCAGGUUUCUUUUUCUAAAGAAGAGAACUACCAACUACUAAAAUUUACAAAUAAAUCUUAUCUGCUGGAUAAAAGAGCUCAGUAUCAUGUGUACUACGGUUUGAUUGAUAUUCUUUUGGCUUACUGCUAUGAAAUCCGUGUCACUGAAGGAGAGAGCAAUGUUGAAUCUGCAUGGAAUAUCAGAAAACUAAGUGGAACCUUGUCCUGGUUUGAGAGUUGGAAUAAUGUUCACGAAAUCCUGGUUUCUUUUGGGAGAAGAGUUUUAUGUUAUCCACUCUAUCGACAUUUCAAGCUGGUGACAAAAGCCCACAUCGACACAGUGAAGAUAUUACAAUUAGGAAGAAGUGCUAUUUUGAAGUGUCUCUUGGAUAUUCACAAAAUUUUUCAAGAAAAUGACCCAGCUUAUAUUCUAAAUGAUCUCUAUAUCUCAGACUACUGUGUAUGGAUUCAGAAAGUCAAGUCCAGAAAGUUGGCAAGUCUUGGUGAAACUCUACAGAGAACCUACCUUACGAAGGGUCAGCUGGGAUUGGAAAUAGAAGAACUUGAAUCAGCUGCACUUCUUGUGCAGGGGGAAGAAACUGAGUCACAAGUUCCCUGCUCCAUUUCUAGUCAACAACUUUCUGGCUUUGAUUCACUCACAAAGGAUUCUGCAAAACCAGACGCGAUUUCAUCAUCAUCUAAGACAGAAGACUUGAGUGUAGACAGAGCUAAGCCUGCAGAUCACGAGGGUGGGAAAGUAAAUUAUUUGGAAGAAAACGCUACCUCGAUUACUGAUUCUCUUGAAUUUUGUUUGAAACCUGACAUUCGGACAUAUGAUGUUGGUCAAGAAAAGCCAGUCACUUCUUCACAGUCUCCCAGGGUUUCUGCUCCACUUAUAAUAGAAUUGGAAGAAAAAAUGGAAACUGAAUCUCAGCCUUCUCAACAGUGUGGAACUUCUGCAGUAGAUGAAGGCAAACAGCCCACCUAAACUCAUAAACACUGUUGUAUUGCUCAAGAUUUUAUUGCUGAGUGUAGCCUCAGAGUUCUCAUUCUCCAUUAGGAGUCUGUCAUAACAGUGCAUUUUCUCAUUCUGUAUUUGUAGCAUUGUUUUGGCAGAAUCAGUGUUCAGUGUCCCUAUUUCAAGUUUAAAGAUAAAAUUUUCAUGUUGAACUUUUCAAAAUGAAAAUGACUGCUCUAGCAGAUUGUAAGCUCCUUGAGGGUAGAGACAGUUUGGUUUUUGUCUCUGUAGCCUCAGCACAUGAUUCAAGUGCCUGGCACAAAGUAAACCUUUAAUAAAUGUUUGUUGAAAUUGAA